AUGCAUCUACUCAGCUGUGCUAAACGUGCGUGCGAAGCGGGUAUUGCAGCCUGUGUUCCUGGUGCUAAGAUCUCCACCAUCUCAAAAGCCAUUUCUCAGGAAGUCUACGAGUGUGGGUGCCGGGUUAUCGCGGGAAUCGGAGGUCACGGUAUCGGAGACUUCUUCCACGGCCCACCACACGUGAGUCACUGCGUCUUCGAGGAAGAAUCCGUCGACGCUGGGCUCGAGAUGCUUCCCGGCCACGUUUUUACCAUCGAGCCGGCCAUUGCUGCUGCUGCUGCUGCUGCCGACCCACUUUGUGUAGAUGAGGUGACAGAACAUGUGGCAAUGCCGACUGUCCUGAAAGACGGCUGGUCUGUCUGCACGUCGGACAGUGCGCUGACCGCGCAAUUUGAGGAGACCAUUCUUGUAACGGACAACGGUCCCCACAUCCUGACCCGAUAA